UUCGCAGCUUAAUAUCUUCACCCCUUCCAGAAUUCUCCAAUCUCUCCUUUAAAAUCAUGAUUCCCACAUUUCUUCUUGCGUCAGGAAAUUGCAGAAUACUGGAAAUUGUGGAGAAAAAUAUUGUUUGGUUUAAGCCUAAGAAAAUUCAAGAAAAAUGUUGUCAAAUUUUGCUCUUUCUCAACCCAUUUCAUCUCAAAAGGCGUUCAUCAAUCCAAAUCCUUUGAAUUCAAGAUUUUCCCCAUUUUUGAAUCGUAGUUCUGUUAGAAAUUCCCAUAACAGAUUUAAGGCAGUAGUAGCUGAAGGCAGAGAAAAUCUUGAUCAAUUGCAGAAAGUUAGCAAGCAGCAGCCGAGAAAAAGAUCAGCCCCAGUUGCCCCUAUAGGUUUAUGGGAUAGGUUCCCAACGGCAAGAACAGUUCAACAGAUGAUGGAGACAAUGGAGAGAAUGAUGGAUGACCCUUUUGCCUAUAGCAGUGGAUGGCCUUCAGCCCAAGCCGAGACUGGAGGAUUCAGUCGAGGGAGGACACCGUGGGAGAUUAAGGAAGGCGAAGGAAAAUACAAGAUGAGAUUUGACAUGCCCGGAAUGACAAAAGAGGAUGUGAAGGUUUGGGUGGAGGAGAAAAUGCUUGUUGUGAAGGCUGAAAAAGAGCCCAAAAAGACGGGCGAAGAUGGCGAAGAAGAUGAAGAAUGGUCAGCCAAGAGCUAUGGGAGAUACAGUUGCAGAAUUGCAUUGCCUGAGAAUGUGGAGUUCGAGAAAAUUAAGGCUGAGGUUAAGGAUGGUGUUUUGUAUAUAAUUAUACCUAAGGCUAGUAGUAGUACCAAGAUUUUGGACAUCAAUGUUCAAUGAGGGGUGAUGUUAAGUUAAAAUUUUGUUUUUUAUAAUGAUGAAUCCGAUUUAAUAUAUAUUAAAACGUCUCCUAAAUGUUCCUUUA